AUGCAUAGUUUCACAAAACAUCAACAGAAAGCUUUGAGCUACCUGAAGAAAACAACAAAUCUUCAUCUUCUCAAUCUUGCAAUGCCUCGUUUGACAGAAGAAGAGCUUAUAAAUGAGGUGAGGCACCUCCAUUCUCUCCGUCGUCAAGGCCCUCCUCUUCCAAACACUAAUCCCCCAAUUAUUAUAAACCCUCGUUUCACCCCCAACCGCCCAAUUUUCAAUCCUAAUUCUCAUUCAAUAUAUCCAGUCCAUCAUGUUAAAAACCCUAACAAUUUUAAUAAUAGACGGGGUUUUGACCCCAUACCCGGUUCAUUUUACCCGGACUAUGAGCCAUCAGUGCCGAUCUUGAACCAUGAUCAUAGGCCUAAUGCCCAUACUGGUUAUGAUUCAAAUGGUUCUGGUUAUUCGGGUGUGUCCAAUAUUGUGCAACCUAUGGAGAGGGUAAGACAUGGAAAUUUGAAUAAUAAGCUUACUAGGCUUUCACUUGGUGUUCAGGGGACGAAUAUGAAAAAGAAGGGUAAGAAGGGCGGUGGUGGUGGCUAUGAGGAAGUUAAAAAGUGGCGUGAGAUUUCUGGAAAUGAGUUGAAUUUGAAGCACGCUGAGAAGAGGGUACUCACGAAAGAGGAGAAUGCGUGGUUAGUUGCUCGUAAAGCGCAGCAAAAGGCGUUGGAAGCUACCAGGGAGAUGUUUAAGGAGAUGAUGGAUAGUGAUGGUGAGAUUGAAGAUUAUUCAUCGUCAGAUGAUGAUGAUGAUGGUGGUGAUGGUGGAAUGGAUGAUGACAUGGAUGACAAGAAUGAGUGCAAAGAUUACGAAUUCUUCUUGAGAGUUUUUGCUGAGGAUAGUGAACUUAGGUCUUAUUACGAGAAGAAUUGUGAGAGGGGUGAAUUCAGUUGUUUGGUGUGUGCUGGGCUCGGCCAGAAGGUGGGUAAGAAGUACAAGGAUUGUGUGGCUCUUGUACAACAUUCGACCACCAUAGCCAAGACAAAGACGAGGAGGGCUCAUAGAGCACUGGGGCAAGUCAUCUGCAAGGUUCUUGGUUGGGAUAUUCGAAAGCUUCCAUAAACUUAUCUGCCGCAAACCUGAGACCUAGAUCAGUUUAAAUAUGACAAGAUUUUGUGGAUGAGCCGCUGCAGAAAAUAGCCGAGAAGAUUGGCCGAGAAAUGUUGGUUGAUCAUGGAAAAAAUGAACAUAAGGCCAGCAAGCAAAGACCCAAAAUUGUUUGUUUAUAAUAGAUUGGAAGCAGGUUAAGGCCCACAUGAUGCUGAGGAUGUGGAAGAGAAGAGAUUCAUGAUGGCAUUGCAGAGGAAACGAAGAUGCUAGACGAAGCUUGAUAUGCCCGAUAAUAGCUGAUCAUGCAUAGUAGUUUAGUUACUAUUUUUUACUGCUCACAGUUUACUGCUUUGUCAAAAACACAAGUCAUACCAUGCAACUACAGCUAAACAUAGAAACAUAAGCUUGGGUUUGGAGUUAGAUAUGUUCAUGGAUUUAGUCAUUCAUGUAAGUUCUGAUCAUCCAGCUUGGUUUUGUAAUGA